CGUCGUGCUUUCGCUCACAGCGGCACACUCGUGUUUUCUUCCUUGACUCGUAGUUUACAAACCAGCCACUCGCGUGUCAGAGAGGAGCUGCCAAAUGGGGUUUUCCUGAAGGCGGUUGCUAGAGUGGAUAUUGUAUCGAAAUCGCUGUGUAGUUAGCGAAACAGCAUAGCCAUAUUAGGCUACAAGCCCGUGAGCUAGCAGUCUUUUUUUCGGUAAAACAGCGAUGUUGUCAUUGCGUGACAGUAAAAUGCUGUAUAGUAGCUAAUGUUAGCUAACAACACACCAGUAAUCGACUGUAUAGACUAAAAUCGGAAACUACAAUGUUCUUGGAGGACUUAAUAUUAAGACGCUGAUACGGGUGAGAUUGUGACCGUUACUAGAGGAGAACACUUUUCAGCCGAGCCGAAGAUGGAGCUGUACUGGUACAUAAUUGUGAUUAUAUUCAUCAUCAUAAAGAUUUUCUUCUACAUCUGCUGGUACCGCUCACGCCAGCGGCAGCUGGCUGCGUACCUCAGCAACCCGCGCAACGCCCAGAUCGUCAUCGUCGGGGGCAGGGCCUACCUGCACCAGAUGUGCGAGACGCAAAACACGUCAAUCUGGCCCAGCUGGUACGGCAUCCAGGACGACAGCUCCGUGGGCGAGCCCUCCGCGUCCCUCCCGCCCGCGCCCUCAUACACUCAUCUGGACGUGCCCCCGCCCUACGAAGCCGUCUCGGGAUCAGAUGACCUGAAGCCUCCCCCUUACAGUGAAUACGCCCAGAGCGAGGCAGCCGGCGAGACCGUGGCCGUCCCCGUCUUGGACGGCUGCGACUCCUGCAGCAUGAGCGACGCUCCCCCGCCUUACACGCCCUGCCCCCCCGGCGCGGGAGGGGAGCCGGAGGAGCCCGCCGUCCUGCUCCCGAGGCCAGAGGAAGGGCCCUCGAGCGCGGGGCCGCGCAGCUAGUUCACGCCCCAUCCUGGGAGGCGACGGGCGUGACGUCCGACUCCGGCGAGCACCGCGGAGAUGGCCAGACAGCACGUACCCACCAAAGCGCCCUGACCUUCUCGCUAUCUCGUUUAUCGGACGUAACGAGGAACGACUUCAACCUGUGCCAUCGCAAAUUCAGAUAAAACAAAUCUUGUCCUACAAAGACUUUCCCAGGACUUUACGUCUGUUGCAAAGGGAACAGAUGUUUGGGGAAAUGUUUUGAAAUGUUGGUCCUGUAACUUAAAUAAACGUAAAAUAAUUGGUCCCCCGACUCUCCUUGGAAAACACAGUGCUGUGCUACUUUUCAACACCUUUCUCCCCCCAAGCCCAUGUCGAAGCAUGGGUGUGCGUGAUUACAGAAAUGUAAUGUGAAUAUUGAGUUGCCUGACCACUAACUCCUUUUAGACAGAUACUGUGGUGUAUGUUGUUGGGAAAACUUGCAAACACUUAUUUUGGCAGUGCUGUGAUCACUAGGAAAUGAGUAAUAUGGUCAACAUUGUGGUAAGGUGUAGUACUUUAGAGCAAGUGCAAACCAUAGAGUCACUAACCUGUUUUCAGUUGGUAACAUGCAAAAAGCUUUCAUGGAUACAUGUUUUAACUAAAGAAAUGCACUAAUUACUGUGUACAAGGCUUAAUGUUUCCAGGAUAUAAUAUGCAAUUAUACACAGGGAUAUUUGUCCACUGAUAUGUUCCACUUUAAUUGUUGAAGAAAUGUCAGUACAAAAUGUAAGUACCCUAGUUGUGUGGAGUACAUACUUGUGUGUACAUGGUGUGUGGUACAUGCCUACUUACUGAUUACAUUUUGAAGUUUACUAUAUAAGCCAUGUCUUUCCUAGUAAUUAAUGCACUGUAAAAUACAAAUGUUCAAAACUGAUCACAAAUUGUGGUAGCAGUGCUUGUGUAUCUUUCCAUAUCUGGUUAUUAGUACCUGUGAAGAAGCCUUAAGAAGUACUACCUUGUGCAUUUUUCCUUGUUCAAAUUUUGAACUUGGAUUUUAUUUCUAUAUACAAAGCAUAUGAGACAAGUCAGUGAUAUUGAACUAUGUCAUUUCCUGUCAGUACUGUAUUUAGUAUGAGGGGGAUGAGUAAACAUUUAUCGGUUCUAUAGAGUAAUAUCACGCUUAUUUGUAAGGGAAUUAUUUGUAAUCUGUCCUGUAACGCCAUUUGUUUAUAAAUAUGAAACGGGACAUGUCGUCUUGCAAAGGCAAAACAUUCCCAAACGGAUAAUGUAGCUGGCUUGUGAUAGGUCAAGUUUAGGGUAUUCAGGCUGUCUAGAAAAUUUCAAAAUAUUGAAGAGGGUGUUUUUGGUUUUUUGUUUUUUUGCUGUGUGAAAUGUUAAUUUUGGUUUUGGCAAAUACUCUUGAAUGAUGCAGAGAUGUGCUGAUGAGUUCAUGUGCUAAUGCCAGCAUAAUUGUAUAUUCAAUUUCCCAGUCAAAUUAUGCAAAUUAUUCUUAUUUUUUUAACUGAAAUAAUACUCUGUUUUAUAUUUCUGUACCUGAAUAAACGAUUGAAGAUGUUCAAUAUUAAAUGUAAUGUAAAUUUGUUUGGAAGAAUAGCGAUGACUUCUUUCUAAAAAAAAAUAAAAUAAAUAUGGCUGUGAUGUAGUGAAUCGCACAUAACCUCACCUAUUAUGCCAUGAAGGAUUU